GAUUGUCAUUGUCAUCUGUUAUUGUUUUGAUUCUCUCCGCUUCUUGUUUUUUUUUGUUGUAAAAAGUAGAAUUCUACUGUACUUUUUGUAAUAAGUUUCAUUGAAAAAUAAUUGUAUAAUGUCUGAAAAUAAAAGUUUCUCUAUUGACCAUUGUAUAGUGCAAAACGUUCCGCCGACUGCCUACUAUAUACCUAACUAUAUAUCGGAAAAGGAAGAGACCUCUUUAAUAACAAAUAUUUACUCUGCGCCGAAACCUAAAUGGACUCAGUUGUCCAACCGGCGACUGCAAAACUGGGGAGGGAUUCCUCACACCAACGGCAUGAUAGCCGAGACUAUACCAUCCUGGCUGGAUGACUACCUCGACAAGAUUCAUGCAUUAAAUGUUAUGGAUGGUAAAAGGCCUAACCAUGUCCUAGUAAAUGAAUAUCAGCCUGGCCAAGGUAUUAUGCCACAUUUAGAUGGCUCUUUGUUUCAUCCGACGAUUACUACCUUAUCUAUAGGCUCUCACAUAGUACUGAAAUUUGUAGAAACAAGUUCUGAAGAGGAUAUAAAAACUUCAAAUCAUGUUUUUUCUUUACUUUUGGAGCCGAGGAGUUUAUUGAUACUGCAAGAUCAAUUAUUCAGUUAUUACUUGCACUGUAUUGAUGAUAUCACGGAUGAUGUGCUAGACGAUACAGUAGCCAACCUCAAUAUGUGUUCAGGACCUUAUGUGAGGGGAUCUGUGGCACGCCGUGACACCAGACUGUCACUCACCAUCAGACAUGUACCAAAGACUACCAGUUUUAAACUUAACAUUGGAAAUAAAAGAUGAAAUGAAUUGUUUUUUUCGAUUAUUUAUUUUAAAGUGGAAACAUCUACUUACUUUUCAUUUAAUAAUAAUUUCUUAGUAAACAAGAAUUCACAUAGCUUAUCACAUUCACAUUGAUUCGCACGGAAAUAAAUGACACACUUGGAAAUAACAGAAAGAAUGUGCAAAGAAUGGGAAUAAAAGCUUGGAAGUGAAUUGACUCAGGAAACACUUCUUUUAGAUCUGUAAAGAAAAAUUGUAUCAAAAUAAUAACAUGUUUUAGUAGAUUGCUUGUUUGUUGCAAUACAAAACUGCUUGUUCAUUGAAUUAUAAAAAAGUAUAACAAC